AGGAGCAAAAGGUCAAAAGCUUACUGGGGUCUAUCCAAUUGUAAGCUACGAAGGUCUGGGAAAACAUUAACAACUUUGAAGAGUUUUAAGGCGCUUUAAAGAUUAUCGAAAAUGCACAGCCUAACGACGGUCGGUGUCAUAUGGUCUAUGUUGUCAUUUAUUGUUGCUAUCUUGUGCUCUUCUGGCUUUUAUUUGCCUUACUGGCUCGAAGGAGAAAUCAUGAAUGUUACAGUUCACCUUGGUGUAUUCCGUCGUUGUAAUUACCUCGCCAGAAAGUCGUUUACAACCACGUACUACGUGCGCGAAGAAUGUGGUCGUUACAAACGCUUUAAUGAUAUUCCCUCGACUGCCUGGCAGGGAAGUACCAUUAUGUUAGGGAUAGCUUGUGGCAUCCUAGUUCUCAUUAGUCUUAUUUCUCUGCUAGCAAUUUGUGUUCAGGACAUUAUUACAAAGCAUACGGCAAGAGUCUGUGGAUGUUUUCAAACCCUGGCUGGUAAGUGAUAUUUGCUUAAUAUACAGGAUAUAUCAAUAUGUACUGUACUCUUGAAUUUACUCUUUAAUGUAUCUGUUGUGUUUAAAUCCUAAUGACCACUGACUUACUUGCCUGAAACAAUGUUCAGCUUUGAUUACUCCAUUCCAGCCGAGAAAUAUAACAUAAAUAAGCAUCUCGCGCGCUCAAGAUUUGAGUUAAAAACAAGAAGACACAAUAUACGGUAAUAUUUCGAUUUUAUUCCAAAAUCAUCAAACUGAUUAUUAAGGUCGAAAGGUUUGCUUUCCGUAAACAUCAAAUCCAACCAAUGUGUACAAAGGGUUUUUUUCACAUGGCAUCUUGUGUUUUGACGCAACUCACUCACGUCUUUAGUUUGUUACAGACAUGAAUGUUGUACAUGUUGUACAUAUUAUUAAUAAUAAUGUUUCAGUAAUAACUCGCAAACGUGUCUGUACGUAGGCUACUUAUAAAUAGUAUGGUUUAACUUGAAGCUCAUGAUUGGUAAUAGAGCGUUAGCCCGUCAUGUCAUUUUUCAGAUAUUUUUACCAGUUCUUUCCUUUACAAAUCAUUAUAGUAGAUUUUGAUUUACUUUAAAAUUUAAAUAUUAACUUUUAAUAUCCGAUAAGUAUUCAAUCGUUAGUGUGAACAAUGCCAUUAACCUCAUUUAUAUUGCUGUAGUUACUCAAAUAUAUUGAUAUCUUCAUUAGUUGCUUCAAGUGUUGCUGCCUCAUGAUCGGAUUGUAUAAACACAAAAUGAAAUUCUGGAUUAAAAACAAUAGGAAAUUACAGUAUUGUGUAUCAGAAUAUCGAUUCGCAAACACUAUUAAAUCCUUCCUUUGUUACUAAAUCGAGUGAUUAAAUAUACUAUUAUUGUUAUCUGAUUUAUCUAAAAUCAUGAAAAUUGACCUUGCAUGUAAAUAUUGAAAUAUAAUAAUUUUGCAUUUGGUGUUUAAAUAUUCAAAUAUGAGACGCGUACUUGUCUUACUUCGAUUUGUUAAUUUUAGAAUUGAGUAUUUAUAUAUUUAGAUACUUUCGUUUCGUGGAUGAUCCCAAUAUUAUCAUUAACCUUUAAAUCAGCCAAAUGCCAGAUGUGACGAGGACAUUUAUGAGGAAAUAUUUGGAGAGAAACUUUCUUUCUGUGAGGUGUUUGUAAGGCCACUUUGUGUAGUCUAUUGAUAGGUCCUGACCUCACGUAUCCGGAUUCGUUUGUAUGUCCGCAAGCAUUUUGUUGUGGAUACGCCUAUACCGUCUGCACGUACAGUAUAGGGCCUAUAUCCGAUGAAAACGUCCCCACGCUAAUUAUUAUGAUUGUUCAAGUGUCUGUUUUUCAAAGACCCGUGCUCAUUUACUAUAAAUUAUUAUAAAAAUAUCAAAAUUAUUAACUAUAAAAUAAUCAUAAUAUGCACUAUUUAUAUAAACGUAUGGGCAUGAUGACCUCCCAGUUCAAAUACACAAGCCAUUAGUCUCUUGAAAGAAUUGAUAGACGUUUCAGGUAUUUUUAUUAUUGGAAGUUUUUCCAUGAAACAGUUCCUCUAUAUGAGAAAGUUCGUUUUAAAAAAUCUGUCUUAGGUUUUGGUAGGUAUAAUUUAUAAAGCUUUUGAUGAUUAUGUCGUAGUUGGUAAGUUUGGUUGAGAGAGACAUGAAACAUCUGCAUGUCAACAUGUGUUAAAUAUCCUGGAGCCAUACCGCUAAGUGCAUUAAAUGUCAUCACUGAUGUAACAUGUAUAACCAGUAUAUAUAUAUGGACCGAUUUAAAAAGUAGUUAUUCUUUUUUCGUACGAAAUUAAUUUUAACCAAAGUAAUCGCUGCCACCUUAUAUAUAGAAUACUUCAAGACUAACAGUUAACAGUUUACAAAGUAUAAAUAUUUCGUACCACAUAUAGUCUCUUUGACUUUGAGAAAUUAAAUGUUAAAAAUACUGACGUUUAUGCUAGAUUUAACAACAAGACUGAACAGUCUCUGACUCUGUUGAAAAAUUGUUUAUUAUAACCUGUGGUGGCUUUUCCAGAAUCACCUAAAAAGAAACUCGCUUUCAUCAUCUGUCCACACAACUGAAGGGCUCGCUCUUAUUUUGCCCCAUUAGAUUUACACUUUUACUCUAGAAUUCAGCAUGUUUCUAGUUGUUUGUAUGCGCUCAUAUACAGUCAUACUAAUUAGGAUUAGACUCAAAGGAUUUCGCGGGGGUAGCGGAAGUAAAAACCCUGAGUAUCAGGUUGGAUUUUGAUUUUCUCAAGUUUUUCUUCUUUGUUUAUGAUUAGCAACAAAAACGAAGGUUUGUUCGAGGUGGUAUAUAAUUAGCGGUAUGCCGGGUUUUGUUCGUGACUAUAGCAAAAGAUCACAGUAAAAACAACAAUAAACAACUUCGGUGGUGUGUGCUUUGUAAGCAAUUCCAGUAUAUCCAUGCAUAUCGUUUUCGCAUAUCGAGACCGCAAAGAAUCCUGGGAUAUGUGUGCACGCGUAAAGCACAACAAAAUGUUUGCGGGAUAUAGCAAUCUUGUAUUUAUCUUAUAACAUCAUCAAACCUAUCCAAUUUACGUUGACUUCCUAUCUACAUGACAUCGAAUGACAAUGUAAUCUAGUAAAAUGAUUUUUUCUAUGUUGGUGUUGUGUACUCAGGGCAAUACCGACGCGAAUUUUCAGUUUUCAAAAACAAAUAAAACCGUCAACGGAUAAAAAAUUUACAAGAUAUGAUGCAUAUGCAGACCAAGUAGCUAAAAUUGCUUAAGUGGUUCCGAAUAUUUGAAAAACAUUGAAGAAUAUUAAAGUUAAAUGCCAUUGAAAACUGAAAAUUCGCGUCGCGUUGCCAAAUCGCGUCCGGUCUAUAUGGAUUGGAAUUCUAUAUCCAAGUAUAAAAAUAAGUCUUACUUAGCAAGGAAACUGCAUGUUCGGAAAACAUUAGUAGACAGUGAGAUAUUAGUUUUAUUGACAUGGAUUAUAAAGAUUGAACGCAUAUCAGCAUAUGGCAAGACUAGAUUAGAUCUUGAAAUUAAUUUCCAAGCUGGACGAACAGAUAAUGGCUGUUUACUAACGCUGUUGGAGAUGUUAAUCACCCUUAGGGAUUUUUAAAGAUAAAUAUUAAAGCCCAGCGUAUGACUUUCAGACAAGACAUAACAAUAAAGAAUAGAUAUUUUGGCGACAAAAAUAGUUUCCUGGAUUUAUCAUUUUAAUUUAGCUUCAUGGUGGGAAUAAAAAGUGGACUAUCAUUAGUAGCUAAAAUCACUGUUUACAUUUGAGAAUGGUAAAAUUUUGAUUGCAUGAUGUUUAUCAUGCAAUGGUCAACGACCUUGUGAUAAACAAAAUAAAACCCAUCUUAUGUUACUUUCUGAAGGACCCCGAAUACAGCCUGCAUGGUUCUGCAAAACUAAAUGAACAUUGAUGUUACUCUGAGUGUGCAUCCACACUGGGCAAGCCGUGAAAAGUUAGCUUGGCCACGGUGGAAAUCGAACCCGCGCGACCUUUGGGAUACUAGUCCAAUAUCUAGUCCAAUGCCCUGCCAACUGAGCUACGUGGUCAAGUCGGUUCGAGUUGAUGAUAUUUCGGAACUGAGUCUAGUUCCUUCGAUAUCAGUGUAUUCUAUGAUAUGAUUAUUUUGUGUGUGUUAUGUACUCAGGUGAAUAUGAUGUUUGUGAUGUUACUAUGCAGAGUGUGCAUCCACACCGGGCAAGCUGAAAAGUUAGCUUGGCCGCACGCUGGGAAUAGCCUGCAAGGCAGGUCCUCAGUUUUAUGGGGGGAAUCCUGCCCGUUGCAAAUCUGGCCCCCCAUAAAACUGAGGGCCUGCCACGCAGGCUACGGUGGGAAUCGAACCCGCGACCUUUGGGAUACUAGUCCAAUGCUCUGCCAACUGAGCGCCCGCGGGCUGGGUUACUGAUUUGCAGGCUAAUGGUGAUUCGCAUUUAUCUCACUUUCUCAAGUCAUUACUAUACAAGUGAAUUAAUUUGAUCCAAUUCUGGCUAGGUCUGAAUUAAACCAUUAUGUUACCAAAAUAAAGCAAUUGAUUGUUCGCUUGUUUCCUCAAGAACUAUAAAUGCCUUAAUUUAAUGCAAGCCUUAAUACAUGGGUAUCAAAUCGAGUAUCAAACAGUAUAAUAUAUGUUAUAAUAUAAAUGGUAUGGUAUAUGCUAUGGUAUAGAGUGUAAGAGUGUAUAGUAUAAAACUUCAUAUAGUUUUCUUCUCGUUUCUUUCAGCCAUUUGUCUUGUCGCCUCCUGCGUGAUAUUUCCAUUUGGAUGGGAUUGUGUUGAAGUCCGUCAAGCGUGUGGGGAGAAUGCAAAAAAAUACGAACUAGGAAACUGUACAGUUGGUUGGGCCGCAUUCCUAGUUGCCGUCGGAACAGUUGCAACAUUAGUUUGUUCGUGUCUUUCGGUGAAAGCUGGCAAAUCUGACCGAAUGAAAGCUUCAGAUUAUGACGCAAGAUAUGAUACCAUGCCAUUACGAGCGAAUGGUAAUCAUUUAUAAAAAAUAAUGGUGCCCCUUUAGUUCCCAUUGCAUGCUGGAACUUUAUGAAAUGGCUGCUUUAAAAUUUCACAGCGAAUGUACAGCCCUGGGAAAUUGAGCGCAGGGCAGAUUUCCGUGCACCUUAUACAGAGGGUUCGAAGGACUAAAGUCCCAAUAUUUUUCUUAAAUAUUUUAAGUGAUAAUGCUAUUUCAUUCAUGUGCUUCAGUUUGUGUGGUGGAAAAACGAAAAAUGAUCGAAUAUCAUAUUUUAUGGACUUGAUCUCAUGUUGCUUUGUUACUUCUGCUGAAUAAAUAUGCAAAUGUUUUACUUAUGUCUUUAUGACGUACGUGAUAUUGCAUUAUUUUGAAACGAUAAUUUAUACAAGUAGCUAUACUGGAUUUUCACACAAUCAGUCAAUUGACAAUAGUUACAAAUAAUUAUAAUAAUACAAUACAUUAAUAUACUGCGGUUUACAGAUGGAUAUAUGUCCAAGCGCGCAUUUUACAAUAAUUAACCAAAUUAUGACGCUCAUGGAUUAUUUUCAUCGACAAGAAAUCGCGCAUUUCAAUCUCUAUGCAUUGUGAUGUCAGCAGUAUGGUAAUCAUCCGAAACAAAAAUUAAAUGCCAUAAAAAGAGAUAAGGCGGACAGGUGUGCAAGUACAGCCAGCGUAUACAUAUAUGUCUGUAGGCGAUGGAGUGAUAGAGCACCCCACCUGCAACAUAGCUAGCUAUACACGUGUCGUAAUUGGGAUAACUGUGACACGCCAGAAGAUGGAACGUCGGACGGAGUUUGCUGUAUUGGCAAAUUGAUUGUUUGAAGAUCAAAUUAACUACUUAUAGCUAUCUAAUCUAGGCGAUAAUAAUUUAGAAAUUUAUCGAACGGGUAUGUAAUUUUACAGUGAUUAAAAUAUUUUAACAUGCAUGUGAUUGUGAAAUCAGCUGCCUGCCAUAUUAUCAGUGUGAUGGCAAAUAUUAUCAAAAUAUUAAAAUAGCGAGACUUUGGUGAUGCCAAGUCUUAUCGGUGAUGCUAAUUUCAGCUGGAUAGAAAUAUAGUUCUUAACUAUUAUAGCCUGUGUUAUAUAAAAAAAACAACUUUUUCACAGUUGAACUACCUUCGUAUCUCAUAUUAAGAAUCUAAUUAGUAGAAGUGGAAGUAGAAGUGGAAAUGGAAUUUCAAAUUUCAAUGAAAC